AUGUCUGGCAUGGCGUGGUUCGUUCCGCUUUCCGACUCCAUUUGGGUUGCGAUGACCACUUUAAUGGCUGCAGCGUGUUUGUACAGAGCUUCUCCAGUCUUUGCUGUUGUCGAAUUGUCCCUCGACUCAAACAUGACAACACACGUGUGGCUUCAGGAUACAGUCUUCUGCUGCCCAAACCGUCUUCUCUUCUAUGCCAAAUUUGAGUUUGCGGUGGUGCCUUCUGGCUUUCUCAUGACAAUGGACUUUGGCCUUGGCAAACUUGCCGACCAGCAAGGUGCUUUGUCUCAGCCUGUCGAAGUCUGGGGCACUGCACUUCAGUCACCCACCUUGAACAAGCUAUUAGCCUUGUAA